GAGUAGCAAUACAUAUAAAUUUCUAAUUUUCUUGUGAGUUUAUACUUAAAUAUAAAUAAAAUCUAAAUAAUGGUACAAAUAACUAUAAAGCCGUCUUUUGGGCUGAGCCUUUUACCAUCCCAAUAAUCUUAAUGUACAUAAUUCCCUAACAAUCUGGGUCCUAAAUUGGGCUAAUUCUGGCCCAAUAUUCAUAUAUUGGCACUCUUUCUCUGCAAGGGUUUAACCUUCCUAUGGAGCUCUUGUUCUUGUUCAUCCAUGGAGGGUUUUAGUGUACCUCUUGCCUAACCCUCUUUGCACCCCAAAGAAAAAAAAAUGGCACAGUCUCCAUUCACUCUCCUUCUCCUGAAACGUCUUCCUCUCUCUUCCAAAACCCAUCUAAAACUCCACAACUAUUCUCCCUCUCCAAUUUUCACCACCACUAAAUCAAAGCCCUUCUCUUCUGCUUCACCGCAGCCGGCGGUCUCCACCACUCAAGACCCACCGAAACCAACCUCUCUCUCGGCUCGCAUGAGCUUCGUUUUUGACCAAAUUGAUCAAAUUGAAAGACAGAGACAAGAACAAUCGGUCCAAUACGACGACACCCUCAAACGUAUCCGAGAUUGGCGCCAAUCAAAAAAGGAAGCUCAAGCCACCCAACAGCAAUUUCAACCCAAAGAUCAAAGCCCAGAUUCUGGAAUUGCCAAAAAUGAUGCCAGUACUAUUGACUUUACUUUGUCUGACUCGCCCGAGUUAACCGAGUCACGAAACGGGGAUGCCCUCCGGCGGAUUCGUGCUUGGAGGGAAUCGAAGCAUGGGGAGAACAAGGAAUGCUCUGAAGGUGAAACCGCUAAAAAUGAGGCUAACUCCAGUGUUUUCAGUACUGAUCCACUGGCCGAGUUGGGCGAGUUGGGGAGGCAGAAGGGCAAUGAGGUGGAGUUGGUGCACCCAUGGCCGGAGUGGAUAGAGUUGAUGGAGAGAUUAGUGCUGCAGAAUUACUUUGAUCAUAAAAGGAGAGAUGAGGGAAAGAUGGUGGAAGAGUUGGGAUUUGACUUGAGUAAUGUUGUUGAGGAAGUUAAGGAUAAUGCUGGAAUUGAUUUUAAAGACUUCAAGACUGUGCAAACUGCUUGUCUUAAUUUUGGGAAGGACCGGUUUGAUAUAUUGAGGUCAUUGUCGAGACAGGAUGUCCAAAAUUUGGUUGGUUUUGGAUGCCCAAGUGCAGACAAGAAGGUGGUGUUCUCUGCAAAACUCUUGAGGAAGCAUGUUCACCUUGAUGAAGGAGAUGUUUGUAGUUCCUGCAGUUUGAGGAAUUCUUGCGAGAGAGCAUAUCUUUUAACAAACAAAGAGGAUGAGGCACGAACUAUUGAUGUUAUGCGUGUCUUAUUGACAUAUGGUUUUCAUUCUAUGAAUGGGUCAGUCAUCAAUGAGUCUGUUAUGAAACAGAAGUCUGUAAAGAAUGUUGUUCGUAAGUUGCUUCAUGAGGUUGUAAAGUUGAGUGCUGUUCCUAUAGACCCACAUCUUCCCCCUCCAGUGAUAAAGAAGCCUCCACCAAAAGUGAAGCAACCUCCACCUCCUCCGAAGAAACGAGUUGGGCGUGAUGAUAUUGAGAUGAAAAAGGGGGAUUGGCUUUGUCCCAAGUGCGAUUUCAUGAAUUUUGCAAAGAAUACAGUCUGUCUACAGUGUGAUGCUAAGCGGCCAAAGAGACAGCUGCUUCCUGGGGAAUGGGAAUGCCCCGAGUGCAAUUUCCUAAAUUAUAGGAGAAAUAUGGCAUGUUUUCAUUGUGAUUGCAAGCGUCCACCUGAUGCAUUUAUGGAGAGUAAAGUACAAGAAAUGCAACCUGGUCCAAGAACAAGGUUGGAGAAGGUUGCCCACCGACCAGAGGUCUCUAAUGCCUGGAAUUUUGACUUUGAUGAUGAUGAAUCAGACGGGGCAGAUGUUGCUGCCUUUGAGUAUGCAGAUUCUCCAGUAAUGAGUGAAGCUUCUCCUUUGGACAACCAGACCCAUGGAGGGAAGUUUAGAGGGCUUGAAGAUGAUUUUGAUACAGCUGGCCGAGCCUCAAGGGUUCAUGAAAGAAAGUAUUCAGACAUAGAUAGCAGCAAACAUGCAAUGGGUUUUGAUGAUUUUGAUGAUGAAGAUGACAUUGACAGUUAUGAGAUAGACACUCAGCGAAAUAAUCCAAGGCAGAAAGCUUCUAACUCUGACAAUGAGGUGUUUUCUGAACUAGAAAAUAUCAAGGGCUCUAAUGAUAGUGCUCCUGCUCGUCGAGGGACAAGGUUUCCUUCUUAUAGUAAGUCAUCUAAGCACAUGCAUAAAAAUGUAGCUUUAUCAGGUUCUGAAGAUGAUGAGCUGGAUUUUGAUUCCGAUGAAGAGCUUUCAGUUCAUCCUAAAUGGAAAUCGAGUCAUGUAGCUGACUCAAAGCAUAGAGGUAGAGGUGCAUCAAAGGACUUAAGCUUUGGCUCAGACGAAGACCUUGAUUUGGAUUCUGAAGGUGAUGACGAUUUUGGCAAUUUUAGAUCCAAAGGGAGGAGACAGGACAAAUGGAGUUAUGGUAGAGGCAAUUUUCGGAGAGGGGGAAGUUCCGAUUUUGAGGGUGGUUCCUUCUCUGUUUUAGAAGGUCCACAUUCCAGGAGAAAUGGGUCAAGAGGGAGUAAAACAGGAUCUGGCAGAAGAGGAAACAAUGUUCGCGACCAUGGUGAUUAUAACUUCAGGCAAGAUUCACGAUCUAGGUCCAACACCAAGAUGGAUGAUGGAAGGAACUAUCCCGGUGAUCAUUUCGAUAAAUCAUAUCGAGGGUCUCGAGGUGAUAAAGGGAGGUUUGGAGAGGAUGACUAUAGCAGGCACAGAAAGAAUAACAACAUGCAGAAAUUCAAGGGACCUAGGCAAUAUGGAGUAUUUGAAAAUAGGCGCCGUGGAAGGUCUAAUGAAUAUAGCAUAGGCAGUGAUGAUCCUAAUGAAUUUAAAAACAGUAGGCGUGUUAUUGAAAGAUAAGCUCAAAGCUGUGACAAUUUUUUCUUUUCUCUUUCCAUAGCAAUCCCCAUAAAAAUUGUAUUUUUAUGCUUUUAAUUUAAUUAAAAAAUAUUUAUAUUUGUCGAA